ACUGCUCAGAGGAUGUCGGGGUUAACAGCGGCAGCAACGACAGCUGCGAUUUUUUCCAUGGGAGCGUUUCUGGCCCUCGUGGGCUCAUUACCGUUUCUGUUCAAAGAUUUAAGCCUUGCAGAACAGAUACUAAGCGACGAAAUGAAACUAUACAAAGAAGAAACCAAUUUGCUAUGGAAGGAACUUAUGCACGAAACUUCAUCUGGCCGACUUUCCUUGCUCCGACAGCGAAGAGAAAGUACAUUAGGCAAGGAUGGAGACGCCGGAAAAGCAAGAAAAGUGUUCUCUGCAGGCAUUGAAGUGAAUCGCCAAUCUGGUAAAUGUCCACAGGGCGCCCGUGGACAUCGUGGCCUUCCAGGAGACGACGGCGAACCGGGACCUGAUGGUGAGCCAGGUGUUCCAGGAAAGACUUAUGAAUCAGAAAGUGAUUAUUUCAAGGACUUCUGCCCUCCUUGCCCACCUGGUCGACCUGGAUUCCCUGGAUAUAAAGGUAAACGUGGCCCACGAGGACCUAAAGGAGAAAGAGGACCACCAGGAUUACCAGGAAAUGAUGGUCAACCAGGGCCAGAAGGGCCAGAAGGCGAACCUGGAUACCCCGGAGCUCCUGGAGCACCAGGUGCUAAAGGUGUGCAAGGAGAAGACGGAAUAGGAUUUGCUCGCGGACCACCAGGACCGCCAGGCGAACCUGGCAUACCAGGAUUGCCAGGUGAUGAAGGGCCACCAGGAGAACGAGGAGACGAUAUGCCACCAGAGCCAAUGUCAUUAAAAUCCAGAAUUUCAGGAUCCCAGGGACCCCCAGGGCCACAAGGAGCAGCUGGUGAACCAGGACCACGUGGCAUACAAGGUGAACGUGGAAUUCCAGGCUUACCAGGUAAUGCUGAAAUUCUUAGCAAAGAUGCACAGUACUGCCCGUGCCCAAAACGUAGCACCAGUCUCACUUCUGAAAAAAAAACUGAUGAAGAAAGGGACGAAGAAAGCACUACCAAGGCUUCCUUCACAAUGAUGCCGACUUUGACUGCUACAAAAGCACAGAAAAAAGUAACUCAAGUUGGAAAGACAACUGGCAAAGAAGCUACAGGAAAACCUGUUUUAAAUAAGCAGAGAAAACCUUUGGUUUACAAAGAAAUUAUUCAGGAAAGACUUCAAAAAGAAAAGGUAGAAAUUUCAUCAGAGAUGCCUAAAGAUGCGAAAGGAAUCCCUAAUGAGGAAGAUUAUGAAAAGUCUGUUGACGAAGAUGAGGAAGAAGAGGAUGAUGAAGAGGAAGAAGAAACUAUUGAGGAACAGAAAAAAGGAGGACUUAAAACUUCUCUAACAUCAACAGGUAGCCCUGCGGCUUCGGAAAAAACCAUAGGAGGUCCGACAAAUGCUGAUUCUGCAAAAGAAACUGAAGGGGAAAAGGGUGUAACAAAACCUGCGCAAGAAAAAAGUAUGCCAUCAAAAUCCAUUAGUACAACAGCGUCAAAUGAAGAAUUGGCCGAUGGCUCGUCAACUGAAAAAAAAACUACUAAAGCAGAGACAAAAACAAAGAACACUGGGGCAGAAGAUCAAAAAGAAUCAGGUAGUGGAAAGACAUCGGAACCAGCAAAAGAAAUGGGGAAUGAAAUAGAAGAAGAGAAAGAAAUAGGUGCUGGAAAAGUCGAGGAAAAAGUAAAUGAGUCGGCGACUGGAAUAAAAGGUCAAGAAAAACAAAAAAAAUUGGGCGGUGGAGAAGCAGCAAAAGGAUUUGAGAUUGGAAUAGAAGAAGAAAAAGAAAUAGGCACUGAGAAAGUAAUGGAAACAGUAAGUGAGUCGGCGACUGAAGCAGAAGGUCAAGAAGAAAUCGGUGGUGGAAAAGCUAUGGAAACGGCAAAAGAGUCAAAAACUGAGGCGAAAGAUCAUAAAGAAGUAGGUGAUAAAAAAGCAUCAAAAACAACAGGAGAAUUGGAGACGAGCAGUGAAGAGAGUGACAAGGAGUCUGAUGGUGACCAAAAAAAAGUUAUCUCAGAGUCUUCAAGUAAUGAAGCAGCAGGCGAACUUGGUACUUCAGAAACUGAGCCGUCGGCAGAGAACAUCGGUUCCGCAGUAGUUGAAAAACCUGUUCUUUCUGGUGAUGCUGUCGUUGGAGAAGCUCCCCCAAGUUUUUCAGAUUUCCAAGAAAAUUCUAAAGAAAAAUUGCAUAUAUCGAAACGAAAAACUCAUACAAGUAAAUUUUUAUAA